AUGUCUGAACCCGUCGCUGCCCCAGCAACAUCCGAAAAACAGCUUUCCAACAAGGAGUUGAAGGAACUCAAGAAGAAGGAGAAGGCCGCCAAGCGCGCGGCUGCCAAGUCGGGUUCCGGACCCGGCUCGGGAGGCUCAGAGUCCGCUCCAAAAGCAAAGGACUCUAACGGCAAGACUCCCACGAAUUCCCACGUGAAAAAACAGCUCAACUCGGCCAAAAUCAUCGAGGUCGACCACAAAGUGCCCAAGAUGUUCGGGCAUCUUGAAACAAGAGAACAGAGAAUCUCGUCCUCGCCCCAGAUCGCCAACAUUGUCCAUCCAAAGAUCCUGGCUUUGACAUUGAAGAUCUCCACCUACAAGAUUGUUGGAUCUACGGCAAGAUGUCAGGCAAUGUUGGAGGCGUUCAAGGACGUGAUAUUGUCGUAUCAGACGCCAGACAAUACCUCUUUGCAAAGAAACUUGACGUCCCAUCUGUCUCACCAGAUCGAAUACCUUAAAACAGGAAGACCGUUGAGUAUUUCCAUGGGAAACGCAAUCAGAUGGCUGAAGCAAAGAAUCUCGACAAUUCCAAUUGAUUUGAGCGACGAGGUCGCCAAACAGCAGCUGAUAGAGGAAAUCGAGUUGUACAUCCAAGAGAAAAUCCUGUAUUCCGACAAGGUGAUCACUCAAUUUGCAUCCACGCACAUCCAAGACGGCGCCAAACUACUCACGUAUGGCCAUUCAGAGGUGUUGAAGAAACUGUUCAAGUACUGCGCUCUGGAAGAAAAGAAAUCGUUCGAGAUCUACAUCAUCGACUCAAAGCCUCUGUUUGAAGGUAAAAAACUGGCCAGAGAACUGUCUGCUAUUCCAAACAUCAAAUGCCAUUAUAAUCUUAUCAACUCUUUAUCUACCAUCCUGGAGAGAUCAGACAUCGACUUUUGUUUUCUGGGUGCGCAUUCCAUGCUGUCGAACGGACGUCUUUAUUCGCGUGUUGGAACAGCCAUGAUUGCAAUGGCAUCCAAAAACAAAAAUAUCCCCGUCUUGGUGUGCUGCGAAUCCAUGAAGUUCAGCGACAAGGUCCAGCUGGAUUCGGUGACCUUGAACGAACUCGGCGACUCCGAAGACGUGAUCAAUACCAAACCGUUUGUUAAAACCGGCUCCAACUUGAAACAGUUCUUGGAUUCGCUGGAAAACAAAGAGGCCAAGAAACCCCAGCAGCAAAACAGCAAAAAGGACAAGAAAGAAAACACCGUCAACGACAACGAGUCGUCCGUGUUGCAGAAUUGGAGAGAACUCAAAACACUCAAUAUCCUAAACGUGCUUUACGAUUUGACUCCUCCAGAAUAUAUCCAAAAAGUUAUCACAGAAUUGGGUGCACUGCCCCCAUCAUCGGUGCCUGUGAUUCUGAGAGAGUACAAGACCAAUGCAUGA